AAAUACAGUAGAAAAGGAAAGACAACAGACAACGUUGAGAUUCUGUUCUGUGUGGCUCUCCCCCAUACGAAGCCAAAUGGUGGCGCGCUUCUCUCCCCGCCUAAAACCCAUCCGUCUCCGCCGCCGCUCCAUCUGGACCGACGCCGUUCCCGUUCCUGCCCACCCCGACCCGCCGCAAUCCCCCCUGCUGCUGCUGCAAGACCUCAACGCCCGGCUGAAGCGGCUGGUCCAGUCGGGCCGGCUCGCGGACGCGCAUUCCCUCUUCGACGGGGCGCCGCACCGCGACGAGGCCUCCUACUCCGCGCUGCUCGCGGGCCAUGCCGCGGCGGGGGACUUCGCCGGCGCGAUGGCGCUCUUCGUCCGCCUCCGCCGCACCUCCUCCUCCUCGCGGCCGCUGGACGCCGCCGACCCUUUCGUCCUCAGCCUUGUCUUCAAGGCCUCCGCCGCCGACCCGGGGCUCCUCCUCCCCCACGCGGCCUCCCUCCACGCCUUCGCCGUCAGGUCCUCGGCGCUCUCCUCCGUCUUCGUCGCCACGGCGCUCGCCGACGCCUACGCCAAGGCCGGCCGCCUCGCGCUCGCGCUCAGGGUGUUCGACGAAAUGCCGGCGGCGCGCAGGAACGUCGUCUCCUGGACCACGCUCGUCGCCGCGCUGUCCCGCGCCGGCCGCCGCCACGACGCGCUCCGCGCCUUCGCCGAGAUGCGCGCCUCCGCCGGCGUGGCCUGCGACUCGCACGCCUACGCGGCCGCGCUCACCGCGUGCGCCGACGCCGGGAUGCUGUCCCGUGGGCGCGAGGUGCACGCGCUCUGCGCCAAGCUCGGCCUCGACGCCACGCCCUACGUCGCCAACACUCUCGCCACACUGUACGCGCGCUGGGGCGACGUCGGCCGCGCGCUCGCUGCCGUCGGCCGCAUGGGGUCGCGUGACGUCGCCGCGUGGACCACUGUGAUAUCUUCCUACGUCCAGACGGGUCGUGCGAAGGAGGCCAUCGAGGCGUUUGUCGCCAUGGUUCGUAACGAGGCGGUGAAUGCGGCAUCACCCAAUGAAUACACCUACGCUGCAGUCAUCGCUGCGUGUGCGGAUACUUCAUGUGUCUGUCUUGGGGAGCAGUUGCAUGGGCAGGUUGCACAGAGAGGGUUUGCAAGUGCCCGCUCGGUGGCCAAUUCUCUUGUCACACUCUAUGCACGCGUCGCUGGUCGUCUCUCGGCAGCCGAUGCCGUGUUUCAGGAAAGUGCUGCCAAGGAUGUGGUCUCCUGGAGUGCAAUUAUAUCAGGGUAUGCGCAGGAAGGGCUCGCUGGAGAGGCUUUCGCCCUGUUUACUGAAAUGCGACGGCAUCAUUGUCCUCGUCCAAAUGAGUUUACUCUUGCCAGUCUCCUGAGUGUGUGUGCAACUGCUGCAACAUUGGAUGCUGGACGCCAACUACAUGCGCUUGUUAUGGCAGCUGGACUUGAACACCAUGCAAUGAUCAGGAGUGCUCUAGUUGACAUGUAUGGCAAGAGUGGCAGCAUGUCAGAUGCUGAUGUUGUUUUCUCCAAUCGCACAAAAGAUGAUGUGGUCUCAUGGACUGCAAUGAUCGUUGGGCAUGCCGAGCAUGGCCAGAGCAAAAGGGCACUUGAACUGUUUGAAGAAAUGUGUCUUGUUGGGCUAAAGCCGGACCAUGUUGCGUUCAUUGGCGUGCUCAGUGCUUGCUGUCAUGCUGGGGAAGUCGAGCUUGGAUUGAGAUACCUCAGUGCAAUGAGCAAAAUCUAUGGACUGGAGCCUGCAAAGGAGCACUACGGCUGUGUCGUGGAUUUGUUGGGCAGAGCUGGUAGAAUAAACGAGGCUGAAGAGUUGAUUGGAAGGAUGGCAGCUAAUGAAAGAGAUGGAGUUGUUUGGACAUCUUUGCUUAGGGCGUGUGCAGCUCGAGGGGAAGAGGAAACCGGAAAGAAAGCUGCAGCGAGGGCAAUGGAGGCAGAGCCGUGGGGUGCAGGAGCACAUGUGGCAAUGGCAAAUCUAUACGCCAGCAAGGGACAAUGGUGUGAGGCAGCGCAAGAAAGGCAUAUGAUGAAGCAGAAAGGGGUUGUGAAAGGAGUAGGGUGGUCAUCAAUCACAGUUGGGGGGGAGGACAGGGCAGUCGGGGUGUUUGUUGCAGGUGACCGCACGCAUCCCCAAGACAAUGUGAUCUAUGAGAUGCUUGAGUUGAUUUACUAUGGAGUUGGAAUGGCCCGCUAUGUACCUGCUCAGAUGAAUUUAGCAUCUGAGGUAGAGCUGCUGGUUAACAGUUAACUGGUAAUUUCAGAAGCAGCAUUGGUUUCAAAGGAGAAAAUCACUGAAGUCCUCCUUGGCAGGCUCUUGAUAAGAUGCGGAUUGCCAGCAACAAAUCUUUGUGAGGCACUAGUUUUCUCGUCAAAGCUUCAGCCUGCAGGUACGUGCCAAAAGUAGCUGGCAUGCGUUUAUCACAUACCAGAGCGAUGAACAUCAAUCCAAUCUUAGUGUGUGUGACGUUACCUGCUCUGCUGCUCAUUCACACACUGAAUACGCAACAUUGUACAGUAUCUAUCAAAUUUAGCUUCUCCAUUGAUUGGCAACCUUAUUGUUGUGAUUAUGGAAAUUAGCUUCUCGAUGGCAACUAAUACUAGUUAAAUUUGCUCA